GUGGGGGGAAAAGAGCGAUGACUGAAGAUCUCGCGAUACUACUUCUCCUCUCGCACCGGAAGGUCAGGUGACGUACAGCAUCAGCAUACACAUCCCGCAACAUCACUGUCUCAGCUCGGCACGCAAAGGAACCUGUCGACAGUGUAACCCUGAAAGACCCCACACUUUCCCAAAGAUGGCUGACAGUAACCAGCAAAGUCCUCCUCAGUUGGGGCCAGUGCAAUUUUUAUUGAGCAACAAGCUAGAAACUGCAAUGUGGCUGUCACGACUCUUCACUGUCUACUGCUCUGUAAUGUUUAUUCUACCAGUUUUGGGACCCUAUGCAGCAGCAAACUUCUAUCAGAGAGCAUUGUUAGCGAACGCCCUCACCAGUGCUCUUCGCUUGCAUCAAAGGCUUCCGCGCUUCCAGCUGAGCAGAGAGUUCCUUGCCCAGGCUCUGCAAGAGGACAGCUGUCAUUAUCUGCUGUAUUCACUUAUCCUGGUCAACUCAUACCCCAUCACAAUGAGCAUUUUCCCAGUCUUCCUCUUCUCCUUGCUUCACGCAACUACCUACACAAAGAAAGUCCUUGAUUCAAUGGGUCCAAACAGCCUAAUGAUCAUCAGAAAUCUCCUGGACAAACUAACAACCAACCAGCAGAACAUUCUCAAGUUCAUCGCCUGCAAUGAGAUCUUCCUGAUGCCAGCUACUGCUUUUAUGCUUUUCAGUGGUCAGGGGAGUUUGCUGCUGCCUUUCAUUUACUACAGAUUCCUCACUCUCCGCUACACAUCCAGAAGAAACCCAUACUGCCGCACGUUGUUCACAGAGCUGCGGAUUCUUCUGGAGCACUUCAUCAUGAAGCCCGCUUGUCCCGCCUUCUUCAGGAGGAUGUGCCUCAGCAGCAUCGCCUUCGUCAGCCGCCUCGCCCCCACGGGCGUCUGAUUUCCUGAUGUAAAAAAAAAAAUGUUGUUUUUCUUUUUCUUUUUAAAUUUGUUUUUCACCAUUUAGGAUGUGACUUAAACUGUGAUGGGGACUGACAAUGCCAUCAGCAGAAGGAACUGUUCUCUGAAUGUCAGCUUUACAGCCUGUGCUCCAAUCUCUCGUCACAUGCGAGUGGAGUUGAAGAGCAGCCAGUAAUGCACUGAAGUCUCGUGGUGAUGUUUCUGUUCCCAUCCUCCUAAUGUGACCUCGUUCAGGCAGUGGACACUCCUCACCUUGUUACGUUCACUGACGGGAGCACAGUAAACAUCGGCUGUGUUCUCUAUUUAUCAGCUGUGAUUGUUCUUUCCUCUUAUGUCCUUAUUUAUUCAUGACAAUUAGUUCUUCUGUGAUGAAAUGUUAACAUUCUGAGAUUAGUAACUUGAAUUAAACGGUUCUUAUACAUUU